CCGCGGCACCGAGCCGAGCCCGCGCCCAUGGCGGCGGCGCCGCCCGCCCUCAGCUGGGCGCUGCCCCUGCUGGCGGCGCUGGCGGGCGCCGGCGGCCCCCAGAGCUUCGAGCUGCCGGGGGCCCCCAUCGACAACAUCGAGGUGAGCAGCGGCGGCGUGCUGGUGGCGGGCGGCAGCUGCCUCUACGAGCUGCGGCCCGAGCUGCGGCUCCGCCACCGCGUGGUGCCGGCGGCGGCAGGGCAGGUCUGCGGGGAGCCCCCCGGCAUGCGCAGCAACCUGCUGCUGCCCUACGUGGAGGCCGGCGGGAAGGGUGUCCUGCUGGCUGGCUGGACCCAGAAGGAUGGCACCUGUGAGGUGUGGGAGCAGCCGGCCUACCGGCAGCGCUUCAACCGCAGCGAGGUGGUCAGCUGCCUGCCCGACGGCUCCACCGCUGGAGUCGUCUUCCAGCUGGCUGGCGCCUGGUACCUGGCAGUGGCGGCCACCUAUUCGACUGGCAGCUAUGGGAACUAUCUGGGCUGCGAGCCUUCCCAGUCGGACAAGGCAACCGUCAUUACGGUUCGCAGCAUGAACAACCUGGAGUCCAAGGAGGAGCUGGGCAUCAUCAAGCGCAAGGACGAGCCUUUGCACUUCGUUGACGCUCUCCAGUGGGGGGACCACCUCUUCUUUCCCUACUAUACCUUGAAGGCCAGGGCAGGCAACAGCACGGAGCCACCGAGUAUGGCUGUCCUGCGCCAGCUACGCCCCUCAGAGGGUGGCCUUACUUUGCAAGGGCAUGUGUAUUUGGACUGCGGGUGCAGGACUCUCAUUGUUUCCUCCAGCCUCGUCCGCCAGGGCGAGCGGGGCUGGUGGGUUGGUGUUUUCCUCUACAAACAGGACGCCAAGGCCUGGAAUGCCACUGCUGUCUGCAUCUUUGGGAUGGAGGAGAUGAAGGAGCAAGCCUGCGCGUCCACGCACUUUGUCAUGAAUGGGAAUAGUUGUGAGGCACGAUCAAUCAAGAAAUUACCUACCUUGAUUCACUCUGGUUUAGUGGCUGUUUAUGGCACGGUUGUUUUGAAUCAGAUAGUUCUCUUUUUGGGAACAGAUGAUGGACAGUUACUGAAGGCUAUUCUUAAUGAGGAUAUGGAAUCUAAUUGCCCAGAGAUUUUAUAUGAAAUUAAGGAAGAAACCUCCAUUUUCCCCAAACUUCGACUUGAUCCAGUAGAUAACAACUACAUCUAUCUGUCCUCUGCCAAUAAGGUGAGAAGAAUACCAGUUGCAAAUUGCAGUAGAUACAUUUCCGAGCAAGAAUGCUUAUCUGUAAAGGAUCCGUACUGUGGGUGGUGUUCUUUGACUCAAAGGUGCACAUUGAAAGAAAAUUGUACACAUUCAAACAGCAUAAAGGGUUGGUAUAACAUUUCACAUGCACAUGAUAAAGAUCUGAAAAUCCACCUAAGUUUCCCUGCCAGAAAUCAGGUUGCUAUGUCUGCAAGUAUAAGCAAAAUCCUUACUUCCUGUAUGAUAAAGAUUAUAACACCUGCUGAAAUAUUUUAUGAAAAUGUCGUACUGAAAAACUCAUCCUGUUUCUGCAAUCUGACCACUCUGGUGAUAACUGAUAAUGAUUGUCUUGUUAUCGAAGCAUCGCUGUCCUCAAGCUCUUGGAAUAUCACACAAACAUUUCAGUUGAAAAACUGCUUACAAUGUAUACACAAGGGUGAAUGUGACAGCUGUAAAUGGACGCGUGUCUCUCCUGCCACCACCUGCCAGGAUAGCUGUAAUGCAGCUGCUUCCAAGGGGAUUGCCACUGCACAGAAAACAGAGCAUAUCAGCAUUCAUUCCAUUGAGCCUUUGUGGAUUUCUACAUUAGGCAAAAGUGAAAUAACAGUCAAAGGAGAAAACUUUACACAUGCAUCAGGCAUAAAACUGAUACUGACUGGAAUCACCGGCUGUAAACCAGACAUCAUUAAAGUUAGAAAUGUGCUAAACGAUACACAAAUGACGUUUGCUCUACCACCAACACGUAAAGAGGCCAAAAGUAUAUGUAUACAGGCUAAUGGGAAAAAAUGUUCACCACCAAUGACCCUGCAUUAUGUUUCACCUCCAUCAUGUCUUGCAAUCACACCAAAUACCUCCUGGAUCAGUGGUGGUCGUAAAAUUACUACGAUUGGUAGAAAUUUUAAUGUUGUGGACAGUGUGAUUAUUUCAGAUGACCAGAGAUCAAACCUCACUGUCUUUAGGUGUCCUGGAAAUGAAUCUGAAUAUCAUUACUUAACCCCAAGCCUGAGCCAUGCAACAGAGGGUAAAGUUGUUGAUAUGAUGUUAAAAGUGGAAACUACCUUUAUACCAUGUGUUAAAUUACACUAUCACCCUGACCCAGUGUUCAUUAACUACCAGCUGCACACUGAGCUUGAUCCUGAUCUGGAAUUGAAAAUAUAUAAAGAAAAUGACAACUUGAAUAUUUCUAAGACUGAGGUAGAAGUUUACCUGUCAUAUAUGAAUGGUGCACAGACCAAAAAGAUAUGGUUCAGUGUCCAGAAUAUUACCAAAAAGCCAGAUCGUAGCACCAUACUGUGUAAAUUCAAACGGGAAGGAACAGACAAGAUUGACUUUUCCACAGUGAAAGUUUUUGUAAGUAGAAUUCCCUUUUGUUGCAAUUCAGGAGUGUUUGGAUGUUUAUACAAAUGUAGCAAAAUGUAGCAUUAAUGCUCUCAA